CGAUCAGUCGGUGCUGGGGGCUGUAGCGGGAGCAGAGUGCUAGGACUAUUUCCAUGCAAUGUCGUUGUAGUUACAGGUCUAUUACUAUGUGGAUUGACUGAUUUAUCAUCAAAACUAGCUUAAAAGACAAAGACUUACUGAAAAAGACGGUUACAUUUUUGCAGGCAUAAUUUCAAAGAAAUGGAUCCCAUAAGGAAGUGGACCCCUAAACAAGUUGUCGAUUGGAUGAGAGGCCUGGACGACAGCCUACAGCAGUAUGUCCCGUACUUUGAGCGGGAGAAGAUUGACGGGGAGCAGCUGUUGAAGAUCUCCCACCAGGAUCUCCUAGAGCUGGGGAUGACCAGGAUCGGACACCAGGAACUGGUGCUGGAGGCUGUCGACCUGCUCUGUGCUCUGAACUACGGGGUGGAGACAGACAACCUGAAGACUCUGGUGGGUCGUAUGAGAGCGGCGUCCAACAACCUCCAGAACUCAGCGUCUGAGCGCAGGAAGAACCCGUCGUACGAGAGGCAAAACUCCCACAAACCCCCCAACGACUUCCUCACUGCCGUGGUGGAGCUAAUCGGAGCCGCCAAGAGUCUGCUGGCCUGGCUGGACAGGACUCCUUUGACAGGGAUCAGUGACUUCACCUCCACUAAGAACCGGAUCAUUCAGCUGUGUCUGGAGCUCACCUCCACUGUUCAGAAGGACUGCACAGUUUAUGAGAUGGAGGAGAAGAUACUACAAGUAUCUGUGGCUCUGAACGUAAUCUGUGAGCAGACAAUGAGGAUGACCUCCGACCCUCAGAAGAGUCAGUCGGCCUGUCUGGAGGAGGUCCACAUCACCAACGUCAGACCUGGAGAAGGACUGGGAAUGUAUAUCAAAUCCACCUACGACGGGCUUCACGUCAUCACUGGAACCACAGAACAUUCUCCGGCAGACAGAACACACAGGAUCCAUGCUGGAGACGAGGUCAUCCAGGUCAACAAGCAGACAGUGGUGGGCUGGCAGCUGAAGAACCUGGUGGGUAAGCUGAAGGCGGACACCGCAGGCGUUAGUCUGGUGGUGAAGAAGAGGCCCUCGGGUACCUGUAGCUUCACCCCGGCCCCCCUAAAGAACAUGCGCUGGAGGCCCCCCCUGGUGCAGAGUGCCCCCAGUAUGCCCAAGAUCCAGUCUCCAAAACAUGCCCCCUCUGAAGCCCUCAUGAAGAAAGAGAAGCAGACCAAUCUGGACCUGUUUAUCCCUCCUCCCCCCACUGUCCCAUACACCCCACGGGAUGGGAAGCCUAAAGUGAGUGUGAAGGUCCAACUGAGACCAAAGGGUUCUCAGUCUCCUAACUCCUUCCUGGAUGAGGGUAGACGACGCUUCACCAUCGCAGACUAUGACAAGAUCAAAGUCUGUCCUCCCCCUGAGCCCAACAUCCAACCAGCCCCAGUAGCCCGCCUGAGACAACGGACCUCCACAAGGGGUAAACAGCGGCCCCUGUCCAUGCCUGUAGACUCGUGUUUGGCCAUGUCGGAUUCGUCCUCCAGACCCUGGCCUGAAGGGAGGAAAGGAGAGGACAUCCUCCACAGAUACCUGAGUAACGAGCGGAUCGCCACCAUCUCUGAGGAGGCCCCGUACUUUCCCCUACCCUACAGACCCCUGGAGGGGCGGUCUGGCCAGCUGAUCCAUGGCGUCGACCACAUUAGGGGUUCCCAGUGCUUCAUCAAUGCUGACCUGCACAACAGCACCACCAUCCCAUACCGGGAGGCAUCAUCCAAAAAUUCCCCAGCUACGACUGUGAUCCCUGCUGCUGCUACUCCCAAACAUCCUCCUUCGGAACCCACUUCGAUCCUGGGGGGCUGGCUAGCCCGCCUCAGGCUGCUGAGUCAUUGACGAGUGCCUCGACCCAGUGGAACAUGUCGUCGCCCCCCCCCCGACUGUGCCUUUACCUUGCUAUCAUCGAAUAAUGGUCUGGCUACUCUACUCAGUAUUCCGACUUACACAUACCAAACCUGGAACGUUCUGUUGGAACUUGGAGCGCUAAGCAGCCUUUGGAAGCUCUGACGGAAGGUCUUGCUUAAUUUCAACACCACAUAAUGUAGUGGUAGACCAUUUGGUUGGAUCUCUUGCUACAUUUGAGCUCCUCGGGGUGACACAUUUUUCGUUUAGAUUCAAAAUGCUGACAGAUUCUGACAGUGUUCCAUCUUUUGUGGAGGGGUUAAAGAAAAUGCCAAGUAUAAAGAAGUAUUAUAGAAAACAGUGGAGCUUCUGUUUCUGCUCAUUCUCCUUAUCAUGAGAAGGAUUAUAAUUCAGGUUUAGGAAACGUUUGCCUUGCUUCUGUAGGUGAACUCUCCUAUGUGUAAACUGUUAAGUUAUUUAGUUUGUGUCUGUCUAGAGACUUCUUGUAAAUAUGUUUAGAUCUUUUUCAGAAGUUGAUUUGAUUUCAGUUGGAAGUUGAUAUAGAUACAAUGCCUAUCAUUUUUAUUGGAGCUAGUGUGCUUCUCUCUUCAUAGUGUUCCAUGUUAUUAAGCGCUGGAAAUCACUGCCAGAGUUGGCCUUUUUUUAAGCUACCGUGUGUCCAGUGCUGUAACAAACCGUGUCAGUGUGUGUGUGUGUGUGUGUGUGUGUGUGUGUGUGUGUGUGUGUGUGUGUGUGUGUGUGUGUGUGUGUGUGUGUGAG